AUGAACGGAGAGUCACAUGAACGCCGCGAUGAGCGGAUUCAAGAGCUAUGGCGCAACCUUGACACUCGAAAUGAAGGUCAGCUUGACCUUUCGGCCCUCAAGAAAGGCUUGCGCAAAAUCGACCACCCUCUGAAAAACGCCGAUUCUUUACUUCACGAUGUCCUCAAAGCGGUUGAUACGUCGGGCGAUGGACGCAUACAGUAUAACGAGUUCAGAGUGUUUGUCGAACAUGCCGAGCGCGAACUAUGGCAACUUUUCGAAAGUAUAGAUCGAGACCACAAUGGCGCGCUAGAUAAGGCAGAGCUUCGCGCCGCAUUUAGCAGGGCGGGCUUGACAAUAAGUAAUGCGAAGCUGGAUCAGUUCUUUGACGAGGUUGACGUCAACCAUGACGGACAGAUAUCCUUUGAAGAAUGGAGAAAUUUUCUCCUCUUCCUACCUGCCAGCGCACCCACUCUUGGAUCUCUUAUAUCAUAUUACUCGGCUACUGCAAAUGUCAACCAAGAGGGCGAUGUUCACAUUAAUGAUACCCUCCAAGGAUUCGAACUCCUCAUCCCACUAGGCUAUUUUAUUGCAGGUGGCUUAGCAGGCAUGAUCUCGCGGACGGCCACAGCACCGCUUGACCGACUCAAGGUCUACCUAAUUGCCCAAACAAAUACGAAACAGGAGGCAGUGGAAGCGGCCAAAAGAGGGGCUCCCCUUCAGGUGAUCAAAAACUUCGCCCGGCCGCUGGUCGACGCAUGCAAGGAUCUAUGGCGAGCUGGGGGGAUGCGAAGCCUAUUCGCUGGGAAUGGCCUCAAUGUUGUCAAGGUUAUGCCUGAAUCAGCAAUCAAGUUUGGUGCCUACGAGGCCGCCAAGAAGAUGUUUGCCGAUUUCGAGGGAUCAGAUCCAAAGCAUCUGCACCCGACCUCUCAGUUCCUGGCAGGUGGCAUUGGUGGCGCAGUUGCUCAAUGCGUGGUUUACCCUCUCGAUACUUUGAAAUUCCGCAUGCAAUGCGAGACCGUCGAGGGCGGCUUACAUGGAAACGCCUUGAUCGCUCAAACGGCGCGGAAAAUGUGGAAACAGGGCGGACUCAUGCCAUAUUACCGAGGAUUAGGAAUGGGCCUCGCCGGCAUGUUCCCUUACAGCGCAAUCGAUCUGUUCAUCUUUGAAAACUGCAAGCAUUUUGUCCUGGCACGGAAAGCCAAGAAACAUCGCUGCCAUGAGGAGGAUGUUGAGAUGAGCAACCUUCUCACCGGCGUCAUUGGAGCAACCUCGGGGGCGAUCAGCGCGACAGCUGUGUACCCCAUCAAUCUAUUAAGGACGAGGUUACAAGCUCAAGGAACAGUGUUGCAUCCGCCUACGUACAAGGGGAUUGUCGAUGUCACGAUCAGGACGGUCCAAGGAGAGGGGGUGAAAGGACUUUUCAAAGGGGUGACGCCGAACCUGUUGAAGGUAGCGCCGGCGGUCAGCAUCAGCUAUAUCGUCUACGAGAACAGUAAGCAGAUGAUGGGACUUCAUUGA